CGACGAGGGGGGAGUCGAGGAGACGAGACAAGCUCGACGCUUUCUUUCUUCGCCGGAGACUCGCCGGCGCUCUCGCAUUCAUUGGUCGUCUUCCUCUCUCGCGCAGGCGCAGGGGGAGGAGGGAGAGAUGGGGGCGGCGGAGGAGGAGGCGGCGGCGGCAUGGGACAAGGCGGAGGCCAAGGAGGAGAGGAUAAUGGUGUCGGUGCGGCUGCGGCCGCUCAACGGCAGGGAGGCCGGCGACAGCUGCGACUGGGAGUGCAUCAGCCCCACCACCGUCAUGUUUCGCAGCACCGUCCCCGAGCGCGCCAUGUUCCCCACCGCCUACACCUAUGACAGGGUGUUUGGCCCCGAUUCCUCCACAAGGCAGGUCUAUGAGGAAGGAGCGAAAGAGGUUGCACUGUCAGUUGUCAGUGGAAUCAACUCAAGCAUUUUUGCAUAUGGGCAAACAAGCAGUGGCAAGACUUACACGAUGACCGGAAUUACUGAGUAUAGUGUUCUGGACAUCUAUGACUACAUCGAAAAGCAUCCUGAAAGAGAAUUCAUUUUGAGAUUCUCGGCAAUAGAGAUAUACAAUGAAGCUGUGAGGGACCUCCUGAGCCAUGAUACCACACCCCUCAGACUUCUUGAUGAUCCAGAGAAAGGGACUACUGUAGAAAAACUCACUGAGGAAACUUUGAGGGACAAGGAGCAUCUUAGGGACCUUCUCGCUGUUUGUGAAGCUCAAAGGCAGAUCGGAGAAACUGCUUUGAAUGAAACAAGUUCAAGGUCCCAUCAAAUACUCAGAUUGACAAUUGAAAGUUCUGCUAGACAGUAUUUAGGAAGAGGCAACUCAAGCACCCUUGUGGCUUGUGUGAACUUCGUUGACCUUGCAGGAAGUGAGCGUGCAUCUCAGACUGCUUCAGCUGGAGUGAGGUUAAAAGAAGGAAGCCAUAUCAACCGGAGUCUGCUUACACUGGGAAAAGUUGUUCGACAACUCAGUAAGGGAAGAAAUGGCCAUAUCCCCUACAGAGAUUCAAAGCUGACUCGUAUAUUACAGUCUUCUUUGGGAGGCAAUGCAAGGACUGCCAUUAUCUGCACAAUGAGUCCUGCACGCAGUCAUAUUGAGCAAUCCAGGAACACACUGUUGUUUGCGACUUGUGCAAAGGAGGUGGUAACAAAUGCACAGGUCAAUGUGGUGAUGUCUGACAAAGCACUAGUGAAGCAUCUACAAAGAGAACUUGCAAGAUUAGAAAGUGAGAUGAAAUUUCCAGGUUCUGCCUCCUGCACUACUCAUGCUGAAGCUUUGAGGGAGAAGGACACACAAAUUAAGAAGCUGGAGAAACAACUAAAGGAAUUGAUGGAAGAAAGAGAUACUGUUAAGUCCCAACUUGACUGUUUACUUAAAAGUGAUGGUGAUGAACAUGGUGAUGGCCGCAUCGCAAAACGAUGGGAUGAGCAUAGUCGAUCCUCAGAGUCUUUUGCGCGAAAUGUAUCUGAAGAAGCACUUUCAGUUUCAGAUACUUGUGGAAUUGCUUACCAGGAUCAAGACCAUGCUGUGUUUAAUGGAUCCUAUGUCUUCAGUGUGGAUCAUGAUGAUGCGGUAUUCCCUGUUCAAACUGUCGAGCUUCCUGAAGAAAGAAAGGAUGAAAAAUUUAUGUCACCUUGGCACCCUCCCAGCCAACAUAGUUCUUCGGAUUGCAUAGAGUCAUGUCAUAUGACGGAAGUGGCUUCCGGAACUGCAUCAGAAGUCUCUGAAGAGCAUUGCCGGGAAGUCCAAUGCAUAGAUGUACAUGAGCAUAGAAGAAGCCCAAGUCACGAAUUCAACCUUUUGCUUUCCCAGGACACCAGGUUCCAAACACCUGAAUUAAGGAUCUCCAAAGAGGUAGUCCCUCAACCUGAUGAAGACCAAGAAAUUGAGAGUAUAACAAAGAAAAUGGAAGAUCCUAUCAGGAUGCACCUUAGCAAAGAGGAGCAGCAAGAUAAGGUUGUAACAGAGACAGUGGAAGAUUCUUCUGAAUUGCAUCAAUGCGGAUCUAAUGGAAGCACAGACAAUGAUGUCAAGCUAUAUACUUGUGAUUCUAAUCUUUCAUCUGACAUUCAGAAACCUUACCCUCAUGAAUGUUUGACUGUAAAGAGGUGUAUACUGAGUUCCAAAGAUAGGGCGUUGUCUAGAAGUAAAAGCUGCAGGGCUAGCUUUAUGAUUAUUCCAAAUAGUUGGUUUGAUGAUUCCGAGUACACCAGCCAGACACCCCCAAAUGAAAUCUUAAAGUAUACACCCAGAAGGCCUGAUAAGGUUAGGAGAAGCUUGUAUACAGAAAAUGAUAACCCUUCUUCAGUAGACUGCUCUGCCCUUUCUGCUGAAGUUUCUUUUGAAGAAGUAGUGAAGGACAUGAGCACCAUCGACGAAGUAGCCAACUAUAUGUGUUCCAGUGAUGCAGAACAAGAAAUUCUCACCAGUGACAUCAAUUGUCUCACCAAGUUGGAGAAGAUAGAUAAUGGUCAUGAGGACGAACUUGAUGAGUAUCAGGAUCAGCAGUCUGUUAGAGAUGGAUCUACAACCUUGAGAUCUGUCAAAGAUGUUGGCAUUGAUUCAGCGUUGAGUACCAUUGAUUCUCCUUCUCGGUGGCCUAUUGAUUUCGAGAAAAUGCAGCAAGAGAUUAUUCAGUUGUGGCACGAAUGCAAUGUCCCCAUCGUACACCGGACUUACUUCUUCCUCCUCUUCAAGGGAGAUCCAGCAGAUAACAUCUACAUGGAGGUGGAGCACAGGAGACUGUCCUUCAUUAGGAGGUCGUUCAGUGCCAAUUCUGCAGAAGGCGAGCUUAAUUCUGCUGUCGCAUCAAGCUUGAAGAAUCUUCGACGCGAAAGGGACACGCUCCAUAAGCAGAUGCUCAAGAAGCUCACCAAUGGGGAGAAAGAGCGGGUUUACGCUAGAUGGCGAAUCGAUUUGAGCUCCAAGCAACGAAGAUUGCAGCUAUCGCGCCUCGUCUGGACACAAACCGACAUGGAACACAUCAGGGAGAGUGCAUCCCUUGUCGCAAAGAUGAUUGAGCUGCUUGAGCCGGCACAGGCACUCAAGGAGAUGUUUGGACUGAAUUUCACACUGGCUCCCCGAGCUGAACGGCGAUCCUUUGGCCUGCUAGGCACGUGAAGAAAGAAAUAAUCUCAAAUGCACAUUGUGGCAAAGAUGACCAUACGAUGACAAUGACAUGAUGGAAGGUAGAAGAACACGUAGUACAGAAGGUUGACUUGUUUGGAGAGGAAUUGCUCCCCAGCACUGAUUUCACUGAAGUCUCUUUCAUUUUUGUUUGUUUGUGGGGGUGUGGUUGAUUUCUCGUGUGUAAUCUUACAGAAAGUGAACCGAUCAGCCAUAUUGCAGCUGUUAUACUAUAUGACUAUCCGUGUAUCAGCGUGUCUGGGGAACGUUCAUCAAUAAAUUUCUUGGAAGGCUCAGUUGGAUGCUUUCUAAAUCAGCCAGAGUACUGUAACAUGUACUACCUUCGUUUUAAAAAGAAUCUAAUCAACUUCUACGGAUGAAUCUGGAUAA